UGCAUGCCAGCAGCGUUGCAGAGAUAACCAAGUGUAGCGGAGCUGUACUGACUACAGCUAUUUAGACCGUACAGAAAUGGAUCCCAAAAAUUCAGGACCAACUUCUGGCUGCUCGACACCUGAAAAUAUUCCUUCUGGACUGGACGUUUUUAGAACAAUACCAUAUGCCUUUAUUCUGCCAGAGCUGAUCUUUGGCUGCUGGGUUUGGAUCCUUGUAGCAGCUACCACAGUGUAUUUCCCUUUGCUGCAGGGAUGGGUCAUGUAUGUGUCUGUCAGUUCCUUUGUCAUCUCCCUGAUGCUUUUACUGUCCUACCUGUUUGGCUUCCACAAAAACUUCAGCUCCUGGAGAGUCCUGGAUAGUCUGUAUCAUGGAGCCACGGCCAUUUUCUAUAUGAGUGCUGCAGUCCUGCAGGCUAAUGCAACGAUCCGUUCGGAGGCGCCACAAGCAUUUACACCCCUCUACUAUCAGCUCAAUGCUGCAGCUACACUCUUUGCAUUUAUCACCACACUGCUGUACAUUCUCCAUGCCUUCAGCAUCUACUACCGCUGAAAACUGCAAGGGAAGAAUGUGACAAAAGACCAAAGAAGACCCUACUUGGAAUCCAUGUCCCCAAAACAAAUGGUUAACAUUUGUGUAAGGACAGUUGAAACUGAGGUCAUCCAUCACCUAGCACCUUCUCAUUUUAGGCGGAAGAGAUAACUGGGUUUUAUUUAAACAUGCAUUUCACUCAAGCUGUGCUGUGUGUAUGAGAAUGCAGCAGAACUACUAUUGUCUGAUCCUUGAUUAUCUAGUUAUCCAGUUAUCCAGAAACCCGGUCUGUUCCCCAGAUUUGUACCUUGUAAAGCCUGUGUAAAUAACACUCAUUUAUCUAGAGCAUUGUUUUUCAAACAUUGUAUCAUUUCCUCUAAUGAUGUAGCUGGGUAUGCCUGCUCUGGAACACCAGCUUGUUGCAGGGGAUUCUGGGAUAUGUUCUAGGUGAGCACACAUGCUUGGAGGCAUUGGCCUGGCCUGUAAAGUCCCACUGUUGCCCUCUGUGAACUCAGAAUGUGCCUUGAACACACCCCACACUCUCCUGUCAGAGCUACUUGCCUGUGGUUGUUUUCUAAUUAGGUUUCUUUGAUAAGCUUCUAGAGAAUUCCAGGACUUCACUGGAGCACACACUUUGAAAACGAUUCCUUCAGGCCAUUUGGAUAAAAUAUGUUUGGAUUGGGCUAUGGCUUCCAUAAACAGAUGAGAAUUGUUGUCCAAGAGAGAUUCACACAUUACUUUUUGAUGCUGUACUACUGGCUAAGAUAUUGUUACCUCAUCAGAUUUAUGUGGAAAAUAUAUAUUGAGAAUAUUCCUGCAAUGGGAAACAGCUUGCAUUUACUUCAGGGGAUGAAUAAAUAUUAACUCUGGUUGAUGGUGGUGCCACCAAGAGAGGACUUUGGGGCAGAAUUCAAGGGUCCCACUCAGCAGAAUGGUCAGGAGGGCCCCCAAACACAGCAAGGCUGGCUGGCUUCAAAGAUACAGUAACUGAAGUAAUAUGCAUUCCCAGAGUCUAUAAUUACCAGCAGGCUGUAGCAGAAUUUGAAAGGGGGCACAUAACAUUUUUUUAAACAAUCAAAUAAAUAUGGUAAAUACCAAUGGUAAAUAUGAGGGUUCACUAACACAGAAGAUUCACCUGUGAAAUUGGUGAAGUUGUCAUCCUGUCAUGGUGAUAUUACUGGGCCACAGAGCAACGUAUGAAUUGCCCUUUCAAUAUUGCUGAUAUAUGUAAAGGUGUUCUGUCCUUUAUUAUUGUUGUGGUCCACCCCAAUCUCCGAGCGGCGAAAUUUCCAGGGGUCCCUGCGCUUGCCCAGGGUUUGGUUUCCUUGGGAAGAAGGACAGCGGGGACUAUGGUGUCUUUAUGAAAUAUGGUUUAUAUAUUUACACACAUUCCAACCUGAGCUUAGGAUGGAGGGGUUCGAGGCAUCAGCAGUCCUAUAUCCAGCUUUUUCAUUAGGGUUACAGGAGGCACCCAAAAGCCAUGGUGCAGAGAGACAGUCUCUCUCUGCCAGAGCUUGGAAAAGUUACUUUUUUUGAACUACAA